AUGGUCAGUCCACACGUCAGCACCCGCGAUCGCCUUCGUCACCAGCACAUCCCGCUGGUCUCGCCUCCGGACGAGGACACAGUCCAUCAGAUGUCACUGACGCGACCGAGGAAGCCGCGGGGUGGCCUGUUCUCGCUCCGGCAGACAGAAGAACGUGUUCCUCAGGAUGAGGCGGUGUUCUGCGCAGGUGCGGAGCAGCAGCAGGCCGUUGUCGUUAUGGCCGCGGAGACCGUGGGGACCCAGCACUCCACUCCAGGCAGUUUGGUCUGUGCCGACGCGGGCGUUGAAGUCACCGAGGACAAUCAACUUGUCCGCCUUCGACACAGUUGCCAAGAGUGCACGCAAGUCCUCGUAGAAUUUGUCUCUUGCGGCGGCGUCGGGGCUGCUCAUCGGCAAAGCGUAGGCGCUGAUGAUAGUGGCGAAUUUGCCCCCACGACGGAGAGGCAGACGGAGGCUCAUCAGGCGAUCGUUGAUGCCCUGCGGCAGACUGGGCAGUCGUUCCACGAUAUCUUUCCGGAUGGCGAAGGCGACACCCGCGUCUCAUCGCGCUGCUCUGGGCCGACCACUCCAGUAGAAGGUGUAACCGGCACCCACCUCUUCCAGUUGGCCUUAUUCGGAGAAUCGGGUCUCGCUGAGUGCGGCGAUGUCCACCUUGUAGCGCGCCAGUUCCCGGGCCACUAG